AUGCUUGUCACAGUCAGUCGACGCGAAGCAGCAGAAGUCAAUCAUCCUGAUCUUCAGCAACCUUACAACUUUGUUGUCGAGUCGCGUGAUGUUUCGGCCACGCCGUCAAAAUCCCGAAGUCUUCGCGAACGCGACUUCGUUCCUGUUGAUGAAGAGCGCGAUAAACUUGCAUCGGUCGCACACGAAAACUGUCACAGUAUCACUCUUCCAAAAGAGAGAAUCCUAGAUGUGAUCCCAACUGACAGCCUUCCUCUGAAAAAGAGAUGGAAAGAACCUCUUCCGAAACAAGAACCUCUUCCGAAACAAGAACCUCUUCCGAAACAAGAACCUCUUCCGAAACAAAAAGGUCUUUUGAAACGAGUAAAAAGACAAAAAUCAAUUUCGGAGAUCUAUAGCAAUUCAAAACUAAUUGAAUAA